AUGUCAAUCGCUUGGCUAUCCGCCGAGGACUCAAAUUCUGGGCCAAAGAGGGCUAAAGUGAGUAUCCAACCGGCGUUAAGCUUUUCAGAUGAAGAUAAGGUUGGAACCAUACAACCCCAUGAUGAUGCUUUGGUGAUCACGCUAAGAAUUAAGGGGUAUGACGUGAAGAGAGUGAUGAUGGACCAAGGUAGUGAUGCUGAAAUUAUGUACCCUGACUUAUACAAGGGGUUGAAUUUGAGACCCGAAGACUUAACAACCUACGAUUCUUCUUUGGCUGGUUCAGAAGUGGUGGAGGUGGAUUUCAUCGUGUUGGAUGCUUAUUCCCCCUACAUGGCCGUUGUGGCCAGACCUUGGCUUCAUGCCGUAGGAGCCGUCUCUUCUACUUUCUACUAG